AUGGCCGGCCGAGCGUCUAUGAGACCCCGGCCAGCAGAUAAAAUGGGAAAUCCAUUCUCAAGUUUCAAUCUCAAUCAAGUCUUGGAUAUGGAUCAGCCACACAUCGAUAUCAACCUUCCACUGCUCGAGAAGCGAAUGGCCGUGUUCAAGUCGAGUCUAGGAAAAUACACGACGAUAAAUCAGCAAGAAGUCAUCAACAGGAGGAAUCUUCACCUUCAAGAGAUUGAGAAACUGCGCGUUGAACGCGCUCAAAUCGAGCGGGACAUCCAGAAUUAUCGAAUGAAGGAAAUAGCGCUAAUACAGCAACUCGAGGCUGAGAAGCGAGAACGAGGCAACGCUGAAGAGUCUGUGGCCCACAGCAAUCGUCAAUUGCGGACCCUGCAAGAGCGCAUGGCAGAAGCAGAACAAGAUGCGAUCCGCCUAGAUACUGUGCUCAAAAAUCUCAAAAACUCAAAGGAGAAAGAGAAGCGGCAGCUCGAAAAACAAGCAUCUCAGAUUGGAAGAGAUGUUCUCGAACUAGAACAACUUCUUGGCAUCCAAGUCCAAGGUGCAGGAAACGACAUUCUUACAAUCAAGUUCAAGCGACUGGACCCUAGGGACCCGGAUCGAACAUUUUCGGUCACCAUUGACCUAUCGAGUUCAGAAUAUCGAGUCACUGAAGUCUCGCCGGUCUUGCCGGGACUGCCAACACUGCUGGACAGCCUGAAUGAGUCCAAAGACCUGUUUGCUUUUCUACGACGCAUCCGACAAGCAUUUCUCAACUCGUUGGAGAUCUGA